AGAGUGGAGCCGGAGUCUCGGAGCCUCUCCCUGGGUGGCCAUGUGGGCUUCGACAGCCUCCCUGACCAGCUGGUCAGCAAGUCCAUCACCCAGGGCUUCAGCUUCAACAUCCUCUGUGUGGGGGAGACUGGCAUCGGCAAGUCCACCCUGAUGAACACGCUCUUCAACACUACCUUCGAGACCGAGGAAGCCAGCCACCACGCAGGGAGCGUGCACCUGCGGCCUCAGACCUAUGACCUCCAGGAGAGCAACGUGCACCUCAGGCUGACCAUCGUGGACGCCGUGGGCUUUGGGGACCAGAUCAAUAAGGACGACAGUUACAGGCCCAUAGUCGACUACAUCGAUGCACAGUUUGAAAACUAUCUGCAGGAGGAGCUGAAGAUCCGCCGCUCUCUCUUCGACUACCACGACACGAGGAUCCACGUGUGCCUGUACUUCAUCACACCUACCGGGCACUCCCUGAAGUCCUUGGACCUGGUGACCAUGAAGAAGCUGGACAGCAAGGUGAACAUAAUUCCCAUCAUUGCCAAGGCUGACACCAUCUCCAAGAGUGAGCUCCACAAGUUCAAAAUCAAGAUCAUGGGCGAGUUGGUCAGCAAUGGGGUCCAGAUCUACCAGUUUCCCACUGAUGACGAGGCAGUCGCGGAGAUUAAUGCAGUCAUGAACGCACACCUGCCAUUCGCCGUGGUGGGCAGCACUGAGGAGGUGAAGGUGGGAAACAAGCUGGUCCGAGCGCGGCAGUACCCUUGGGGAGUGGUGCAGGUGGAGAACGAGAACCACUGUGACUUCGUGAAGCUCCGUGAGAUGCUGAUCCGGGUGAACAUGGAGGACCUCCGAGAGCAGACCCACAGCCGGCACUACGAGCUCUACCGGCGCUGCAAGCUGGAGGAGAUGGGCUUCCAGGACAGUGACGCUGACAGCCAGCCCUUCAGCCUGCAAGAGACGUACGAGGCCAAGAGGAAGGAGUUCCUGAGUGAGCUGCAGAGGAAGGAGGAGGAGAUGAGGCAGAUGUUUGUCAACAAGGUGAAGGAGACCGAGCUGGAGCUGAAGGAGAAGGAGAGGGAGCUGCACGAGAAGUUUGAACACCUGAAGAGGAUCCACCAGGAGGAGAAGCGCAAGGUGGAGGAGAAGCGCCGGGAGCUAGAGGAGGAGACCAACGCCUUCAACUGCAGGAAGGCGGCUGUGGAGGCCCUGCAGUCUCAGGCCUUGCACGCCACCUCACAGCAGCCCCUGAGGAAGGACAAGGACAAGAAGAAAGCCAGUGGCUGGUCUUCCAUUUACAGUGUCACUAUUCCUUGACGGAGCAGUUAUAAGCCACUCUAGUGAAGGCCCCAGCCGGCGGUGCUAGGCCUAAUUGUUCAGCGUCAAGAUGGCGACUCACGCGGUGCCCUAGGUGCGGGCUGCGGUUUGGUAUUCGUGCUGCAAAAUGUGCCCAGUCCCCUUUGUUUUAAUUUUUUUCUAACCUAGAGUUUAAUUUCAAUAAUAACUUUGAGACUCAUAAAUUUUUAUUUUGGCACCAGCGUAAAGACAAAUAAUAUCCUCUCCCAUUAUUUUCAUAAGUAACACAGACUCCCUGGUUUUUAGAAACUAAAAAAAAAAAUCUCUAAGCUUUUUUUAUGUAUAGAGCGCUCCUAUAAUAUAUAGGGAGAGGUGGGUAAUAAACUUCCUGCAACGACAGUGUUUGAAAUUUCUUUACCAAUGAAAUGGAUCAUGAGCAAGACCACGUCCAGCGUUUUUACUGUGGAUGUAAAUGGAACAGCAGCCCAAAGCCAUUGUCUCUGGCCAAGGUGCUACCUGUGAAGAGGGACCAAACCUUGUCUAUGUGUUAAGUGUUUAAUUCCAAAUAAGCCUCCCAGCCAAGCCUGGCUUUCCGAUUCAAAGAGGGCUCUGGGAAAAGACUGUUGGUGCCUUGAGGUCAUUGUUUCUUCUUUCCAGGCAAAGAGAAGGAGCUAUCUGAUAAGUUUAGGAUAAUUUGAGAAAAAAAUUAGUAGCCUGGGGAGCUCUUCCCCAUUGGCUGCACUGUACAGAAGAACAUUUAAGAAAGUACUAGCAGCAGGGCUGGGGAUUUAGCUCAGUGGCACUGCGCCUGCCUGGCAAGCACAAGGUCCUGAGUUCUAUCCCUAGUACCAAAAAAAAAGUAAAGUACUAGCAGCAUUAAUUCUUCUUUGCUCUUCGUGGUCUACAAACCUCUGGUAGAAUCAGGGUGGGACGUUAAUGUGGGAGAUAAAAGUGAAAUCCUUUCGUGCUGGACGCUGCAAGAGCUCACAGCCUGGCACACUCCUUGUAGGGGAGUCCUACAAGGCUGUGCUCAGGAUUGCUGGGUCGGUAGUUUUCCAUGCCCCCUGUACUUCCUCCUGUCACCAUCCCUCCCAUUUUGCCUGGCCUGCCAAGUUUGGGCUUCCUCCUGCUCCUCUGAGAUGAUAUUGCACUGAGAGUUAGAUGGAGGGAGAGCUGGGCAUGGUGCCACACGCCUGUAGUCCCAGCACUCGGGAGGCUGAGGCAGGAGGAUCACUGUAAGUUUUAGGCUAAUCUGAACUAUAUAGACUUGAUCUCCACUCACCCCCCAAAAGUUAGAUAGAAGGAUGGGCUCUUACGGGUCCAUUGAGGCAUGGCCAGAAAGGAGCAGCCUUGAUUCAUGCCAGCAGUAGAGGAGGUUUUGUUGAUAUCCCAAAUAAAAUUCUCCAGCUGUUACACUGUGACUAGGGCUGGAAACUUGAACUGUUUAGGAGACUCUUUUAAGCAGAAUAGGAAUAUAAAAUUAGGCACAGGCCUUGGAAGGGGUCCUGAAGAUAAAGUGUCACCAGCCUCACAGCAGAUCCCCCUCUGGCUGUGCACGGAUGGCUGUCUGAAAUGCAGCCCUGCACGUUACAGGCUGGCAUGCACUGUGAGCAGCUCCUCCACAGCCCUUUUCCACAUCGGAAGUAUAUUCAUCUGGGCCGGAGGCUGCCCUUGCAAGCAGCCUGUCCUAGCUGAUGUGUUUGUGGCGGUGAGGCUCUGACCUGCAGGCGAGUGCAGGGGCUCCUGGCUCUUGGGGCUCGAGAGGCACAUUCUGCCCCCUGCCCGGAUGCUAGAAGGCCCGGCUAUGGUUGGUUGCUGGCCUGCUGUGAUAGACUCGCACUUUCUGGAGUCCGAGCUGUCCCACCAGGCCCAACACUGGUAGCAAGCCUCACUGCACCUUUCCUGGUGCCGUUUGGGUUUGGAAUUUUGUCAUCUUGAGCUGAGACCAAAUUCUUGGCGUACAGCAUGAGCAUAAAACUUGACAUUAUUUAACAAAGUACUGCCAUGGAGCAUGACCCCCCCAUGUGGAAAUCUGAUGUACCCCUCAUUUCUCAUUUGCCGGCCUUACUUGGGACAUCAUAGAGGAUCGAGUUGGCAUUUACUACCGUGUCUUCCUUGAACCGCACUGGUGUGGGAUAGAACCACCAUAUAAUUUAUUGUCCAAACUGGGUCUUGUGAGAAAAAGGGGAUGCUGUUAAUAAUCAUGCCAGGCCAACAGCAUAAACUGGAACCACCCCAGACAAACCAGAAUGUGUGGUCUCGCUUGUUAACGGAGGAUCCAAGUCGAUGGUUUGUGGUUGUGCAGACUGACUGCAUUUAUGUUUCUCUGUGUGUGUGUGUGUGUGGGGGUUCCUGGUCAGUGGGGCUCCCCUUACUGGGCACGAGGCUGAGGGAGCGUGCCUUGCUAUCUGUUAUGUUAACAUGCUUUUCUAAAACUGCUUCACUUGUUAAUUCAUUUACUCCAUUCAUUGACUGUUUUUGUUUGUCUCCAUUCACUUUGUACUCCUUUUUUUUCCCCAUUAAAU